CGUCUCGUCUAAACCUCCGGCAUUGAAACACCAAAAGGACUAUCAGAAGAAAUUUGAAUUCAAUCUUUUUCUCUUCAAAUAUGACUGACGAUGUUAAUUCAAGCAACCAACAAUACUCAGGCCACAUUUGCCAGUGCCUGAGUAGAAUAUCAACGACACGGAAUGACCGUGUUUUCACAAUCUUCGGAGACCGGCGGAAAACUGGUUUUGAAUUCGUAGAGAGCGUCUGUAAGCUUGCGAAUGGAUUAGCUAAACUUGGCAUUCAAAAGGGAGAUGUAAUUGCCAUUGCUGCACUUAACAGUGAUUUGUAUUUGGAAUGGUUACUGGCAAUUUCAUUUGUAGGUGGAGUUUCAGCUCCUCUGAACUACCGUUGGAAUUUUGAAGAAGCAAAAUCAGCAAUGGAGGUAGUUAAUCCGGUUAUGUUAGUUGUUGAUGAGAGUUGCCAUACAUGGUACACUCAGCUGCAACAUAAUGGAGCCGAUUCCAUCAAAUGGCAUGUUUCCAUCGGAGACCUGCCGCCGUCUUCAAGUUUCGGCAGUGGGCACGUAUUAAGCAGUGAACAUCUUAAAAAGCCUCUGGAGAAGUCCCAAUCAAUGUUUGAUUAUUGCUGGGCACCGGAUGGAAUUGCUCUCAUUUGUUUCACUUCAGGUACUACUGGAAAACCAAAGGGAGUUGCCAUAAGCCACACAUCUCUAAUUGUACAAUCUCUUGCAAAAAUCGCCAUAGUCGGGUACGCUGAAGAUGAUGUUUAUCUUCAUACAGCUCCGUUGUGUCACAUUGGUGGGAUAUCAUCAGGACUGACAAUGUUAAUGGUUGGAGCUUGUCAUGUACUUAUACCUAAAUUUGAGACCUUAACAGCACUCAAAGAAAUUGAACAACACCGUGUUUCAACUUUUAUUGCAGUCCCUACUAUGAUGGUUGAUCUCAUUUCUACUAUCAGGAAGAGGAGUGAAGAAGAUGGAGUAAGAUGGAGAGGAGGAGGAUCAAUGAAGAAGAUACUAAAUGGUGGUGGGGGUCUCUCUACUGAACUUGUCAAGGAUAUUACUACCAACAUUUUCCCUACCGCUAAGCUUCUUUCAGCUUAUGGGAUGACUGAGACAUGUUCUUCAUUAACUUUCAUGACUCUUUAUGACCCUGCAAAUGGAAGUCCUGGGAUUCAGUUACGCCGAGUCGAAUCAACACCUCGAGAGGGAUUUCUUGUUGGUAAACCAGCUCCACAUGUCGAACUACGGAUAAUGAGGGAAGGGUCGUCUUCUCCUGUUGGCAGGAUUUUAACAAGAGGACCACAUGUAAUGGUUAAGUACUGGGGACAUCAAACUGUGAAGCAAGACCAAGGUUGGAUUGAUACUGGUGAUAUAGGCUGGAUGGAUUCUUAUGGAGAUUUAUGGCUCGUCGGACGACUAAAAGAUCGAAUAAAAACCGGAGGAGAAAAUGUAUUCCCUGAAGAGGUGGAGACCGUCUUAUUAAAACACCCUGGGAUUUCUAGCAUUCUUGUAGUGGGAAUUCCAGACCCUCGGCUGUCAGAAAUGGUGAUAGCCUGUGUUCAAGUAAGAGAAAAUUGGCGGUGGGCAGACCAUAAUUCUGAUUUUUUGCAAGAAAAGGAGAUGCCAGUAAUAUCAACUGUUAUCCUCCAAAAAUACUGCAAGGAAAUGAAGUUGAGCAGGUUUAAAAUACCAAAGGUUUUUCUAUUGUGGAGAAAGCCAUUUCCUCUGACAUCAACUGGGAAACUGAGAAGACAGGAAGUUAGACAAGAGGCCAUUUCAAAAUUACAGCUAAUGCUGCCUAGCUAUCUCUGACUGUACUGAGAGAAGUAAAUAAAUGAGUUACUGAAAUAAGACGGCAAUCAGAACAAUGUACAUAACUCGGAAUGACAAGAAUACAGAUUAUGUAUAUUGAAUGAGCUCUUGCGUGA